AAAAUGUCUCGUAUAACAAAUCUUUUAAAAAAUUCAUUAAAUUUUAUUUUAAACUCUCAGAAACUAAAGUUCUUUUCACCAUCUUCAUCACAAAAAAAAUUAAAACUUCCACCAUUAAAAGAUGAAACUCUUCGUGACGAAAUUUUAACACAUCCAGCAGCACCGUUAAAUAAUCAUCAUCCAUACAGAAGAUACUGUUUUUAUGGAGAUAAAGCAUACAAUUAUUUUAUAGCAAGAGAAUUAUAUAAUAGGUUACCUAAUGCAAGCAAUGGAGAACUUAGUAUAUUAACCAAUAAACUUAUAUCAAGAAGUUUUCUUGCAGAAGUAGCUAUUGAAUGUGGUUUAGAUAAAUUGAUUAAAGUAGCCAAAAAUGCUCCAAUAUCCACCGGAAUUUUAUGUGAAAAUGUUGAAGCUCAUUUUGCUAUAUAUAUAUUAAAUGGUAUGGAAGAUGAAAUGAAAAAAUUUACUUCUGAUAUUAUUGAUUUUUAUUUUGAAAACAAGAUAAACAAACAAAAGAAAAAGGAAACUUUAUAAAAAUAAUUAGUUUUCUCUCUUUUUUAUUUGAAUGAAUAAUUUUAAUUAUGUAUAUAUAUUUAUUUUUUUUUAUGUAUCUGGAAUUAAAGAUUUUUUGUUUUUUUUUACACUAUUACAUUUAUUACUAUGAGGUUUUAACCAAAGUUAUUUGGCCAAUGAUGACAUACUAGGUAAUUGUUUGUCAAAGUAAUUGUAAGAAAUUUUUGAAUGUUUACUCUUACUGAAUCCAGAAUCUUUAGGUGUAAAAUUUCAUUUUUACAUGAUCUUUAUACACUUAUAUUUGGACUUUCAGUUAAAAGAUCCAUGCUGAUCUCAAAGCAAUAUUAUAUACCACGUUUCCUCUUUCGUGAUUUUCUUUAUUGAUAUUUUUAUGGGUGAUGUUUAUUUAAGAAAAAGUUAUCAGUAGUUUAAAGUUGUAUACGGGACGUUAGUCUCCGU